UGAACUGAGGGCUUAGACAAAAGAAGGGGUGUCUCCACGGUGACGGAGUCGAACUGUUUGUGUCACAUGAUUUUUCUAUUGAAACCAGUGAAGCUCAGCGUUCAGUCCAUGUUUUGGAAGCCAAUGGCAGAAACAUGAGUGGAGCCCGACAGGACGGAGCCAUGACGGCAGACAGCCAUCUGAACGGGACGGCGGCUUUGGGGCUACACGACCAGGAGACGGACGCAGCUCUCAACGAGUUCCAAGUGUUUAACAUCGUCAUCAUUGCCCUGGCCUUGUGCAUCCUCACUGUCACCGGCCUGUACUGCGUCACCGUCUGCUACAACCGAACCAGGCAGUCAAAGAGAGCCCAUGUGUAUGAGAGUGCAGUGACCCGGGGCGAGCCGGCGGACCCCGUGGCCGUCAAAGCAGUGAAGAGGUCCACCAGCUUCAUCAACCCUCUCGCCUUCUUCAGGAAACCAGAGGCGGCCAGGGACAACUCCAGGAUCUAUUACAUCUACAGCAACCCGCUACCCGUGGGACUGAAGGAGGAGGAGGAUGAGUGGGCCGCUAAAGCCCGGCAGGCACCGGAUGAGCAAACUGCAGCGGCGCUGCCACUGUCGUUUCAGCAGUACGCCAACGAUCCCAACAGCGGAGUCACCUUGGACCCUCCCAUAUUCUACAUGCAGCUGUAGAAGGUGGUGAAGAGUCAUGCUGUGGGGUUGCAAGGGAGAAAGUUGUCUGAAAGUGUCGAGGCGCACUAGAGACACGUAGCAACCCCAAAUGUCCGAGCUUUGACUCUGCAGAUGUGUCAAGACGUGUCCCCAUCUACAGGCUAUUGAAAGGGAGCUUUAAGUAAUCAUAGGACUAAAAAAUAAAUAGACUAGGAAAUAACCCAGAGGAUUUCAUAGUGGCAUCGCCACGGUUAUCUCAGCAAAAGCAUGGAUACUACAAAUUGAUAUGAGAAAGCCAGCAUUUUAGUCUGCGGUAUGACGUCUGUACGUGUUUACCAGGUAAGGUGCUUCAGAUGCUGUACAGUUGCAUUACGGGUAUUGUAGGAUUUGAAAGCUUAGGGACUACAUUUUGGGAUACGCCCACCGCUGCUCCAAUUAUGAUUGAAAACUUGCAUAGCAUCCUGCUAGAAGGUCCAUAACUCCCCCAGCCAGUAUUUCAUAAACAACAAAGACCUUUAGUGCGUGUCUCA